AUGUCUAGGAUGGUUGAUAUUCCUCCCGCAUAUACCGUCGCCUCUACAGUAGUCGUGCUUUAUGUUCUGUCCCGCUUCCUUCGUAGAUCUCGACCACUUAUCCAUGGCCCACCUCGUGACUCUAUCAUUGCUGGCAAUCUAGCGCAACUGUUUGCUCCGGCCGACGGGAUGGUAUAUCAUGAGAAGUUCACGAAAGAGUAUGGCAACGCUUUCGAGAUCUACGGAUUGUUCGGGGAGAAGCAAUUCUUCAUUUCUGAUACCCAGGCCAUCUCUGCGAUCCUCAACAACCCCGACAUCUUCACUGAGACAAAUGCGUUCCUAGGCGUCGGGCGUACCAUCUUCGGAACAGGGCUCUUCGCUACGACUGGGCCAGUCCACAAAAAGCUCCGCAAAUCCCUCCAACCCUUCUUCGCCACCCGCCACAUCCGAGACCUCCUCACCGUCUUCCAGCCCAUCGCGAAUCAACUGCGAGCCGGGCUGAUUGCAGAAGUCCGGGCUCUUUCCUCUGCCAGUGGUUCGUCUGCGGCAGAGAAAGCACCAGAGGCCGAGAUCGACGUGCUCGAUUGGAUAUCGAGGACGGCGCUGGAUUUGGUCGGGUUGGGAGGACUGGGACAUGAGUUUGGGGCUGUUAAGAGCGCGAAGAGUCGGUAUAGCGAGUAUGCGAAACGGCUCCUUCCAACCCUCGCCGAGAUCAGCAUCGUCACACCCUUCCUCCACAUCCUGCAAAAAUUCGGCUCCAAACCCUUCCAACGCUCCGUAGUCUCCCUCGUCCCCAUCCCGUCCGUGCAGAAUUUCAAAGCCGUGAUCGACGUGAUGCACGACACGGCGCUGGAAAUAUUCGAGGAGAAGAAGGCGACGGUUUCGAAGGUAGUGAAGGAGUCUACUGGUGAUGAUUUGAGUGAAGAGUUGAAGGAUGUUAUGAGUCUUACGCUGGCGGCGAACAUGCAGAAUCCGCGCUUGACAGAUACAGAGCUAGUCGCCCAAAUAAGCACCCUCAUCUUCGCCGCCCUCGACACAACCUCCGGCGCUCUCGUUCGCACACUCCAGAUGCUCUCCCUCCAUCCCUCCAUCCAGGCCCGUCUCCGGCAAGAGAUCAUCGACGCACAACGCGCGAAUGAGGGGAAAGAUAUGGAUUACGAUACGCUGGAUAACCUGCCCUACCUUGACGCUGUAUGCGCCGAAGCUCUCCGCCUUCAUCCACCGUUAUCGUUCAUCUCCCGCACAUCCCAAUCCCCCUUCGUCCUCCCCCUAGCCACCCCCGUCCCUUCCUCCAGCUCCAAAGACGCUACCCUCGUCACAGCCCUGCCCCUCCCCGCCGGCACGACCAUAUACCUCUCCAUCCAAGGUGUCAACCGCGACCCGAACAUCUGGGGACCCGACGCGGAUGAGUUUCGGCCGGAGAGGUGGUUGGAAGGUGAUGUGGAGAGUAGAGAAUGGGAUGGGAAGGGGAGGGAGAAAGCCAAGAGGGAGGUGCCGAGUUUGUGGAGCUCUAUAUUGUCGUUCUCGACCGGACCGACUGGAUGCAUCGGCUUCAAGUUCGCGUUAACAGAGAUGAAACUCGUCCUCUCCACCCUCCUGCCCCUCUUCCUCUUCAAACCGUCCCAAACACCCGUCGAGUGGCACCUCUCGCUCACACAAGCGCCACAUGUGGCGAAGGAGGACGGGUCGAGGGUGACGGGUCUGCCGUUGAUUGUGCAGGUUAUUGAGGAGUGAGGAGCGAUAGCGUGAGUACUAGUGGCGGUGGCAGUGACGUCCCUGCUCGUGGGGAGGAGAAGAGAAGGGAGGGAUGGGAUGUGGGGAGGGAGGAUGCGGGGAUGCGGAGGAUGGGAGGGUACUUUGGAUUGAGAGACGGUGUGGGAGUGAGCUGCGGAUGUCAAUUGAUUGAUUGAUAUGGUCUCGUUUCGUUGGGACAUCGGGAUUCGCUAUCCUAGGCCUGUCUAUAAGAGCCUGCAC